AGAUGGUGGCAGCAUCGAGGAUUUCGUCACUAGCUAUUUAUGGCUUUCUCCAGUUUUAUUUGUAACUUGUUUUGAUGAAGCAUAUUUUCAUUUAAUUGAAUGAUGUUUCACGUGACAAGCAACUCGAUCAUGUCACUCAAGAAGAUGGUGUUGCAAAAGAGCACAACUAUGUCUUUGAAUGAACGCUUUACAUACCUGAGGAGAAACCGAGAGAAUGCAAUUCGAAAUAUUCGAGAGAAUGCAGUGCUUCAACACCAAGCAUCGGUGAAGAAUCGCAGACUUGUGCAGCAGAUGGAACGUCGUCCAGCUGUUGUGGCAGCUCUUAAAUUGAAAAAGAGGAGCAUGCGGCAACGUCUUGGUCAGCGCUUGGGAAACACCAGCAUUAAGGAUCGAUUGACAUUAAAUGUAUCAUAUCGUGGAGGUCGUAUGAGGGCAAGAAGUCGUUCCCGUGGAAUGCCAAGAGGAAGAGGUCGUGGACAAUUAUCUGGUAACAGAGGUGGUCAACUGGAUAACUUCAGAUACAGACAGCCACAAACACAAGGACAGGGCCAACGCUCACUUUAUAGAAGUCCUUCAAGACGUCCAUUCAAGAGAGGACGUGGUGGUACACCUAUCAGAGGAAAUCGGGGAGGAAGAUACAUCCAACGAGGUGGUCAACAAGGUCGAGGUGGUGGUUCAUUCAGACGUGGAGGUCGUGGUGGAGGUCGAGGGGGUGCAAGAGGCAGAGGCCGUGGUGGCAGGGGUCGUGGAGGUCGUGGGCGGCAAAAUAGACCUCUGCCUUCAAAGGAAGAACUUGACAUGCAACUUGAUCAAUAUAUGGCAAACACAAAGUCACAUCUUGACCGAGAGCUAGAGAGUUACAUGAACCAAGCCAGUACAUCUGAAUCAUGGGAUUGAAGCUUCAUGUCAGUCCAUCUCUGAUUUGCCAUUUGAAAUUUGCUUUAAUUUAUGGUUUGUUUAUGUCUUGGACUUUGAACUCUUUCGCUGUAAAGUUUUAAAUGUUCAUAAGCACAUUUUUCUGUGUUUAAGGACACCCAGUGUAAAAGUAUUGUAAAUUAGGAUAUGUAAGAAAGAAACAGACUGUGGGAUAGCAAAUUGCUCCCAAAUAUUUAUAGUAACUUUUUACAAAAUGUGUAAUAAUGGUUGUAACAUGAUGCUAAAGGAGAUGCUUCUGUAGUUUGUUUCACUGGAUUCAUAAAUUUGUCACUCUUUUAAAAGUAAUACUUGUGAGGCUGCAAUGAUGUUUUAAUGUGCAUUGAACUAAUAUUCACUUAUACAGAUAAGUGUAACGCUAGAAAUAUAAACUCACUGUGUUUGUUGAACAUGUCAUGACUUAAAAGCAUUCUUGCUUUGACUGACUCUUAAUAGAUUUCUGUUAGAGAAUGAAUGCCAUUUUAUGAAAAAUAGUGAUGAUAAAGUGGACUUUUGUGUGUUCUAUUUCUAAAAGGAAUUAAUACAGUAGAAUAUGGUUUGUUUUGUGUUAAGUCAUCUUGCCCAUGUAUUGUAGUUGUUUGAAAGAAAGAAAGGGAGGGAGAGAGAGUGAAAGAGAGAGAGAGAGAGAGAGAGAGAGAGAGAUAGA